AUGCUCAGCCCUGUCUUCGAACCUCAUAGGGCCCAGGGACAGCAUCAAGACUGUGCUCUCAAUGUGUACAAGGGUGACCAGCGAGGCUCUUUGGCUCAGCGUCUCAUUGCAGAAGGCUCCUAUCUGCUGGAAGCCCUGUGGGAUCACUGCAGGAAUGGUCAGCAUGGGAAGACCCCUCUCGUGUUUAUCUGCCAUGGCACAGGUGGACUUGUGCUCAAGGCGGCGUUGUGUGUCUGCCGCGAUCACCCCUUUCAGUUCCGUCCCGUCAUUGACAUAAUAGCUGGGGUCAUCUUCCUCGGAGUGCCACACUUUGUCGGGGGCAAAAAAGAUGCAAGGAAGACGUUUGACCUGUUGCUGAAGUGCCAGCACAAAGGGAUCGGGAGAGACUUGUCCAGCAACAGCGACAUCGAAGAGUUGAUGGAGCGAAGGGGCAGUGUACAAGAUGCUGUGCAGCCAGGUAGGGACAACGAAAGCGAUCUGCGUUCCUUUGCCAUCUGUGGAUUAGGUGGAAUCGGGAAAACACAACUCGCUGUCGAGUAUGCAUACUCGCGGAGGGACAAGUUCGAAGCCAUUUUCUGGCUCAGCGCAGACGAGCCUGACAUUCUUGCCAAGCACUUCGCCUACAUUACUGAAGCACUGGGGCUUGACGAUGAGCUGUCGGACCUCGCGGCAUGCCGAGACGUGGCAAUGGGCUGGCUUUCGGAGCCGUUGAGAAAGAGAUCGGAGCCAGAGUCGCCAGAGAAUACCGUCAAUUGGCUCAUCAUCUUCGACAACCUCGACAACCUCGACGUUGUUGCCGACUACUGGCCAAAAUUCGGACGCGGGUCUGUGCUGGUUACCAGUAGAGACUACUUUGCCAAGCACACCAUGCACGUGGAGCAUGGGAGAGACCUGAUGCCCCUGUCAAACGACGAUUCGGAGAAGGAAGCCCUAGCUACCAUUGCAACGAAAUCAGACGGGCUUCCAUUGGCUAUUAGCCAACUAUCUGGCAUUUUUCGACAUCUUAGACUGUCAUCAUACGCGGCGUUCCUGAAGUAUCUGAACGAAGAAGGAAUACAAGGCAUUUUCGAGAAGCAUUCGGAACCUACCGACUCCCACAGGAUCAGUACGCUGGCGACAGUUUGGGCGCUCGACAAGCUCUCAAGUGGUACUAGGGCAUUGUUGCAAGUCAUCAGCUUGCUCGACCCCGACGACAUCCUUGAAGAGCAGCUAAUCGACAAGGCCAACGUCAGAAACAGGGCUGCUGCGACUGCAUCGUUAGCAGACAAGACCUCAGCUUUGCAGAUCGCUGGAGACACGGACCUAGAGAAAAUUUCUUUACACCGCCUUAUUCAGGUCACUUCAAGAGGCAUGAUGAGUAAGGAAGAGCUAGUGGCGGCAUUCCAGGCGGUUACCAAUCUCAUCAUCGUGUCGUGGCCGAUGCAGGACAUGAAGGAACACCACUCCAUUGCAAGACUUGACAAGUGUGAGAACAUCUUCCCCAGCGUUCUCCGCCUGAAAAUUGGGUUGGAGGCGCUCAUCAAAGAUUCGAUCGACUUUCCCCUGAACAUCCGUGCCGCCCGACUCUUCAAUGACACUGGAUGGUACAUGUUCGAGCGUGGAUUGAUGGAGGAGAGCAAGCCCUUCUGUGAGCUCGGGCUUCUUAUCGGCGAGCGGCUGCAGGACCAGCUGGGAGAAGUGGCCGUAGAGUCGAUUCGCGAGAGCCACGGCUUUCUUGGAAUCAUUCUCACUGAGACCAACGAGCAUUCUCGCAGCAUGUGGCACAAGAAAAAGUGGCUGACCAUGUUGGUGGAGAGGAGAUCAGCCUCGGGUGGCCAUGUCGAAGACUACGAGCUCGGAUACGCGUACAACGAGAUCGGCGUGGCUUACGGUAAUAACGACAUGCUUGAAGACGCGGCUGAUGCUUUCAAACGGUCAAUUGAGAUCUUCCAAAGUAUUGAAGACUACGAAGAUACUUGGCUAGGAUGGCCCGAGCCGAAUCUGGGGUUCAUUUACUGGAUGCAAGGCAAGUUGGAGGAUGCCGAGGAAGCCCUUGUUGAAAUACUCGACAUACAUGCUGCUGCAUGGGGCGUUGAUGACAUAAAAUCGUUCAAGACUGGCAAAAUUCUAUACGGCAUGGGAAAUGUGCUGGAAUCUCAAGGACGGCUCGAAGAGAGCUUCAGCUUCCAUCGCAGAUGCCUCGAACAAUUCAGAAAAGUGUUGGGGGGCCAAUACAAAGAGGCAGAAGAUUAUCUUAACUCUGCGUUAAAAAUCUUCAACUCGCGCUCAUACUUGACAAACGAACGGGCGAGAACUUCGUUCAGGAAAAGCAAGCUGCUGCGCUUGAUGGGAAAGAGAACGGCGGCCAACAGAUUAUCGUUGGAGGCGUACGAGACACGAAAGCAACUGAGACCACUGGACGGGCGCCCGUUGGAGGAGCUAGAAGAGGCCGAUUUUGAUGAGCUUGUUGCGUUUUGGUCUCGCUAG